CUUAGUAGCGUGCGAACCAAGAAACAAAGAGACCAGAACGAGAAGAAGAACUUGAUUAGGGGGAGUUUGAAUCUCUUGAAUUCACAAUGUCGUUCUUGAAGCCUGAGAAUGCUCUCAAAAGGGCAGAAGAUUUAAUCAAGGUUGGGCAAAAGCAGGAAGCUCUUAAUACUUUGCAGGGACUUAUUACUUCGAAAAGACACCGAUCAUGGCAGAACACACAUGAACUGAUUAUGUUUAAGUAUGUAGAGCUAUGCGUAGAGAUGCGAAAAGGACAGUUUGCGAAGGAUGGAUUGAUCCAGUAUCGUUCCAUAUGUCAGAAUGUGAAUGUUAGUUCACUGGAGGAAGUGAUUAAGCAUUUUAUCAACCUAUCAACAAAGAAAGUUACACAAGCUUGUAGCGAGGGGCAGACAUUAGAACAAGGCAUCGAUGUAGAUGACUUAGAGGCAUAUAAAAGGCCAGAGGAUUUGAUGAUGAGUUAUGUUAGUGGAGAGAAAGGAAAGGAUAUAUCUGAUUGGGAGCUCGUUAUCCCACAGUUUAAAUUCCUAUGGGAAAGUUACAAGAUAGUGCUUGAUAUAUUGCGGAACAACUCAAAAUUUGAAGCCGUAUACGCUAUGACUGCUCGUCGAGCUUUCCAGUUUUGUAAGCAGUACAAAAGAAAAACUGAAUUUAGAAGACUCUGUGGAAUCAUAAGACACCAUUUGACUAAUCUGAUCAAAUAUCAGGACCAACCAGACCGACCUGAUCUUUCUUCUCCUGAAAGCUUACAAUUGUAUCUUAGACUUGACCAACUUGAAAUUGCCGCUGAACUUGAACUCUGGAAGGAAGCCUUUAGAUCUGCUGAAGAUAUACAUGGCCUAAUGUGCAUGGUCAGUAAAACACUGAAACCAUCCAUGAUGAGUUCUUACUACGCUAAGUUGACCGAAAUAUUUUGGAGAUCUUCAAGUCAUUUAUAUCAUGCAUAUGCAUGGUUCAAUCUCUUUUUGUUACAAAAGAGCUUCCACAAAAGUCCGAGUCAGAAGGAUAUGGAGUUAAUAGCUUCAGCUGUUGUUCUAUCUGCACUUUCAGUGCCUCCUUAUGAAAGCAAUUUAGAACUAGAGCAAGAAAAGGAGAUAAAUUUGAGGAGGGCUAACCUCGUAUGUUUUAAUAGCGAAAUAACGCUCUCAAGGUCUUCACUUCUUGCUGAACUGGAAUCAGAAGGUGUAAUGUCCUAUGCUGCACAAGAAGUGAAGGACAUGUACUAUCUUUUGGAACAGACAUUUCUUCCCUCGGAUCUUGAACUUAAAGUAACACCCUUGCUAAAUAAAAUUUCAAAAGUAGGGGGUAUCGCUUCAUCAAUUUUAAACGUGCAAUUAUCAACAUAUGUCCCAGAACUUAAAAAGUUAGCUACCCUGAGGUUGCUACAACAGGUGUCUAAUGUGUACCAAACGAUGAAGAUUGAGAACUUAGCUGGGAUGAUACCUUUCUUUGAUUUUUCUGUAGUGGAAAAGAUCUCUGUAGAUGCUGUUAAACAUAAAUUUCUCUCAAUGAAAAUUGAUCACAUGAAAAAAGUUGUAAUUUUUGGCAAGAAGAGUCUUGAGGCUGAUGACUUAAGCGGUCACUUGGCCAAUUUUGCUGAACAAUUGAAUGUGGCAAGGCAAAUGAUAUGUCCUCCUGUUAGGAAACAAUCAAAACUUGAACUAUUGCUCCCAUCUUUGUUAGAGGCUGUGGACAAAGAGCACAAGGUUCACCUUGCUCGAAAAUUAAUUAUUGAGAAGAGGAAAGAAGAACAAGAACAGCAACAACUUGAAAUGGAACAAGAGAAGGAAAGGAUUGCUGAAGAGGCUGCAGAACAAAUGCGGCUUGCAACUGAGCAAAACAAUCAAAGGAUCCGUCAAGAAAUAGCGGAAAGAGAACAUGAAAAAGCUGAAGAGCGUAGAACUGCGGAGUUGAGUUUGACUAAACAACUCCGGAAGAGACAAGAAAUGAAGAAUAAAUGGCAGAAAUUAGCUACAACCCUGGAUUAUCUGGAAAGAGCAAAGAGAGAAGAGGCUGCUCCGUUUAUCGAAGCUGCAUAUCAACAACAUCUAGUGGAAGAGAAGAUUCUUCACGAGCAUAAUCAACUACAAGAGAUUGAACUGAGCAAACUGCGCCAUGCUGAAGACCUCAAUGAGAGGAAGCGGUUCAGUCGUAUGGCAGAAAAUAAAGAGAUAUACAAAGAGAUAGUUGUCAAUCGUCAGCAAGUAGAAUUUAACCGAUUGAAGAGUGAAAGGGAACAAGAGAGGGAAAAGAUGAGAAAAUUGAAGUAUUAUCUUCAGUUGGAAGAAGAGAGACAACAAAAAUUGCAUGCGGAGGAAGAAGCUCGGAAGCUAGAAGAGGCUGAGAGAAAAAAGAAGGAAGAGGCUGAACGCAAAGCAAAGCUGGAUGAGAUUUAUGAAAAGCGGAGGCAAAGAGAAAGAGAAAUUGAAGAAAAGGCUGAGAAGCAAAAGAGGGAAGCAUUGUUGGGCAGACCUAUUGAACCAGCUUCGAGGCCUUAUGAGCCUCCUGCCCGUCGUCCAUUGGAGUCUGGUACUGCUGCUUCUUCAACUUCCAAAGCCCCGGCUCCAGGGAAAUAUGUUCCCAGGUUCCGGAGAGGAGGAGCUUAAACCACAAAAGAACAAAAUACAUUAUUCAAAAGAAUAAAAAAAGAGAGAACAAAUUGCAUGGAGGAACUCAUAUAAACACUAACUUUUUAUCUGAUUUGAAACUUUUUCUGCAAGGAAAUGCUCACCGGUUAUAAAUCGUAAUGUUCUGCUUAUUCCGGGAUAUUGAUGUGUUGACGUUGUUAGAAUCUUGAAAGGAACCGAUUAGUUAACAACACUAGAUUUUGGAAAUAUAUUUAGCUUUCAGGACCAAUAAUUUAGAAUUUCUCUAUCAUCAUGUUAUUCCACAUUGUCAAGUGAAUUUUCUCUGAGACUCUUCUGAUUAAUAUUUAUGCCAUGAUUCUUGAAAUAAAACCUUUGAAU